AUGCCUUCCGACCUCCCACAAGAAAUCAUCAACACCAUUAUCGGACACAUCCCAACCUCAGAUGCGUCUACAUUGAAGGCAUCAGCUGCUGUUUGUUCUUCAUUUCAUGAUCCCAGCCGGCGGAAACUCUUCAACACACUUCGUCUCUACCGAGCUCGCUCGCUACAACGACCCACGCUUGAAGAAGGAGCGGAGUUGUUCGAUUCUUCACCUUCCAUUUCAGCCUAUGUUCGGGACGUGGUUCUGGAAGUAUCCGACGCCACGGAGGAUUGUGUCGCGCUGGAAAAGAUUCUGAAUCGAUUAGUCGCCGAUGGACUGCUGGAGAGAUUAGUCAUCAACGGCAGAGGAGCGCGGUGGAACAUUGUCGCCAAAGCUUUACCUACCCUCCCCGAGGCACUUUUCGCCGCCAUGAACCUAUCGUCAUUGACUCGACUUCAUCUGAUGCAUCUUCGGAAUGUUCCUUCAAAUCUAUUUUCUACGGCACUCGGGUUACCUAUUGUCUCAUUCCACCAGGUCUCACUACGUCGAAAUACUGCGUUUGUUCCCGGAGAAACACCUUCUCGCGUGGGGCAUCUGAUUAUUGCAGAUUCUGUCACUGACAGUGCUACCCCCAUUCUUCAAUCCCUUUUCUCCUCUCCCCCGCCGUCUUUGAAACGGCUGGAAGUUCGUCUCGCACAGGCUGAGGAUAAUUACGAAAAACGGUUGCUCAAGAUGUGCUCAGAUACGCUGGAGGAGUUAGUGAUCAAUACUGGUGAACUCACCCGUCAACCCUCUUAUCUCUUCCCAACUUUUUCACAUCUUCAUACACUCAACAUCAAACUCUUCGUUAACCGUCAUCGGAAACUACCUGACUUAUUACUCCCGACCAUUUCCCUCUGCACACUCAACUCAUGUCCCGUCCUGCAGACACUUAUCCUUCGGUUUAUUGUGGAACCCCGCUUUCCUAAAGCUGAAAAGGCGUGGACGAUCACUGAAUCAGCCUCGGGAGGAAUUCCAGCCCGCGCCAUUCGUUGCGUGCUUGUAUUGCGCGAUAUCGCUGCAGGACCUGAGCCGAGAGACGAUUCUGAGUUGUAUGAAAAGUUCGAGACUGCCAUGGAGGAACUUUUCGUCGGGAGAGAAGGGGUUUCUUGUGAACUUGCGCCGCCACAAGGCUUCUACUUGGAUCAGUUACCAUAA